GGCAGGGGGGAUUGAUAUGUUUUGUAUUCCAUAAAGGCAUCUAGAAUGAGACAGGAAAAGUCAGCAGUAUGCUACUGAUGUUAUUCUGCUGCAGUAAUGUGGUCUCUAAGGGAACCUGUGCUUGAUGCAUAUACUACACACAGCUAGGCUUUUUUGUAACCCAACCGCCUGUCUGGUGCUGCUGCUGCUAGUGCUUUUAAAUGGAGGCUAUUGCUGAUCCAGCAGGCAGAGUGCUGCACACAUGCACUUCUGCCCCAGUCAUGUCAACUUAUUAGUUUCUUGUUUUCAACUUUGGGCCUGUUGUGUUCCUGUCUAAAAAGAUUAUGACUUUUGUCUAUUGUGGCAAAAUAAUUAGCAUACAGAUGAGGAGCAAUUCCCAUUUCUCUAACUUGGAAAUGCACGGAGAGAAGAUGUGUACUAGAAAAGUUGACUGGAUGAAUGGCAAACAAAUGGUGGGAAUUUGGAAGCAUUAGAAGAUUCCCCCCCCCUUGUUUUAGUCACAAAGCAGGUUGUCAAUUUUCUGAGUGAAUCUCUUAAGAUGGAAAGCAGAGUGGCUUGUGCUGAAAUGAUUGCUUGACAGUCUGGCCUACUCAAAUGUGUGGAAUUGGACUGCAUGCUUAGAAAUUCAUUGGGACUACUUUGUUUUGCAAUUCUUCAGCUGAAUGAUAGUCCAUUCAGGAGUCGCUGAUAGUUGGAGCCAAAGAAACCAGGGCAGCUGAAGUGGUCUCAGAUGAGACUGCAUUCAAAGGCAGGGUGAGGCUGAGGAAAGCAAUUUUAGAAAAUGAAUUUGGAAGAAAAUUGGUGAAUCCGGCCCAGUGGAUUUGAUUUACUUGGAGCACAGAGUCUGGACCAAAGAACAAUUAUCUCGCUAAACAGUUUCAGAUGGAGGUGGAUGCAGACGAGAAGCGCCAUCGCACACGGUCCAAAGGUGUUCGAGUUCCCGUGGAACCAGCCAUACAAGAGCUGUUCAGCUGCCCUACUCCUGGCUGUGAUGGCAGUGGUCAUGUUAGUGGCAAAUAUGCAAGACACAGAAGUGUUUACGGUUGUCCUUUGGCAAAAAAAAGAAAGACGCAAGAGAAACAACCCCAAGAACCUGCUCCUAAAAGAAAACCCUUUGUGGUUAAAACAGACAACUCUUCCGUAGAUGAGUGCUAUGAAACAGAUGGGACUGAGGAAAUGGAUGAUAAGGAAGAGGAGGAGGAGGAGGAGGAGGAAGAAGAAGAGUAUUCUGAAGAUAAUGAGCAGGGUGAUGACGAGGAUGAGGAUGAGGAUGAAGAAGUAGAUAGGGAAGAGGAAGAAGAAGUUGAAGAGGAGGAGGAGGAAGAAGAGGAAGAUGAGGAAGCAGAUGAAGUGGAGGAUGAGGAAGAUGAAGAGGAAGAAGAGGAGGAGGAGGAGGAAGAAGAAAGUGAAAGAAAUCUCCGCUGGAGGAGCUCCAGGAACAGAUGUUCCAAGGCACCAUUUAGCCUAUAUCAUAUGAAGACAUUCAAGAUGGCUUGUGCUCCAGAAGACCAUCAAAUGAAUUGUCACAAUACUCGAAUGCAAGAUGCAGAAAAAGACGAUAACAAUAAUGAUGAGUAUGAUAAUUACGAUGAACUGGUGGCCAAGUCAUUGUUAAAUCUUGGCAAAAUUGCAGAGGAUGCAGCAUACAGAGCCAGGACAGAAUCAGAAAUGAAUAGCAAUACAUCUAAUAGCCUGGAAGAUGAUAGCGACAAAAAUGAAAAUGUUGGUCGUAAGAGUGAGCUGAGUUUAGAUUUAGACAGUGACGUUGUUAGGGAAACUGUGGACUCGCUGAAAUUGUUAGCACAAGGACAUGGUGUAGUGCUUUCAGAAAAUGUUAAUGAUAGAAAUUAUGCAGACAAUAUGUCACAGCAAGAAAAUAGGAAUAUGAACUAUGGAAUGCUAGGAAAGCCUACAAACAAUGGUCUUACAGAAAAAAUGGUGGAAGAGAGUGACGAAGAGGUGUGUCUCAGCAGCUUGGAAUGCUUGAGGAACCAAUGCUUUGAUUUGGCCAGGAAGCUCAGUGAGACAAACCCACAGGAAAGAAAUCAGCAACAAAACAUGAAUUCUCGCCAACAUGCUCGGCAAGAAGAAGAUUUCCAAGGAAGGACACCUGAUCGGAAUUAUUCUGAUAUGAUGAACUUAAUGAGACUUGAAGAACAGUUGAGCCCCAGAUCUAGAACUUUUUCUAGCUGUGCAAAAGAGGAUGGCUGUCAUGAAAGAGAUGAUGACACCACCUCUAUUACUUCAGAUAGGUCUGAAGAGGUGUUUGAUAUGACAAAAGGAAACUUAACGCUACUUGAGAAAGCUAUUGCUUUAGAAACAGAGAGAGCAAAAGCCAUGAGAGAAAAAAUGGCAAUGGAAGCUGGAAGGAGGGAUAAUAUGAGAUCCUAUGAAGAACAGUCUCCAAGACAACUUUCUGGAGAUGACAGGAAAUCUAAAUCCAGUGACGGCCAUGUCAAAAAGCCAUAUUAUGGUAAAGAUCCCUCAAGAACAGAAAAGAAAGAGAGCAAAUGUCCUACCCCUGGGUGUGAUGGAACUGGCCAUGUAACGGGGCUUUACCCCCAUCACCGCAGUUUGUCAGGAUGCCCACACAAAGAUAGGGUCCCUCCAGAAAUUCUUGCCAUGCAUGAAAACGUUCUUAAGUGUCCUACACCAGGCUGCACAGGCCGGGGCCACGUAAAUAGCAACAGGAAUUCUCACAGAAGCCUCUCGGGAUGUCCUAUUGCUGCAGCAGAGAAACUGGCUAAAGCUCAAGAGAAGCAUCAGAGCUGUGAUGCAUCAAAAUCAAACCAGGCAUCUGAUCGUGUCUUGAGGCCCAUGUGUUUUGUUAAGCAGUUGGAGAUCCCUCAGUAUGGCUACAGAAACAAUGUCCCCACCACAACACCCCGUUCCAACUUGGCCAAGGAACUAGAGAAAUACUCUAAGACUACGUUUGAAUAUAACAGUUAUGACAACCAUGCAUAUGGCAAGAGAGCCAUAGCUCCCAAGGUGCAAUCCAGGGAUAUUUCCCCAAAAGGAUAUGAUGCUAAACGUUACUGUAAGAAUUCAAGCCCGACCAGCAGCACAACAAGCAGUUAUGCCCCUAGCAGCAGCAGCAAUAUGAGCUGUGGAGGAGGCAGCAGCGCCAGCAGUACCUGCAGCAAGAGCAGCUUUGACUAUACCCAUGACAUGGAAGCAGCGCACAUGGCUGCUACUGCUAUUCUGAAUCUUUCCACUCGCUGCAGGGAAAUGCCUCAGAAUCUCUCCACUAAACCUCAGGAUCUCUGUGCCAGGAAUCCUGAUAUGGAAGUUGAUGAAAAUGGAACACUAGACCUGAGCUUGAACAAGCAGAGGCAGCGAGAUGGUUGCUGUACCAUUUUGACGCCACUGGAGCCAAUGUCACCACAACAACAGGCUGUGAUGAAUAACAGGUGUUACCAGCUGAGUGAAAGUGACUGCUGGGACUUGCCAGUAGACUACACAAAAAUGAAGCCUAAUAGGAUGGAUGAAGAUGAUUCAAAAGAAAUCAAUCCAGAAGACCUAGACCCUUUCCAAGAUGCAUUAGAAGAACGAAGGUAUCCUGGGGAAGUCACCAUACCAAGCCCUAAGCCCAAAUAUCCUCAGUGCAAAGAGAAUAAAAAGGAUUUAAUAACAUGUCCAACACCAGGGUGUGAUGGGAGUGGUCAUGUGACUGGUAAUUACGCCUCACAUAGAAGUCUGUCUGGCUGCCCAUUGGCUGACAAAAGUAUUCGAAGUAUGCUGGCCACAAGUUCACAGGAACUCAAGUGUCCCACACCUGGUUGUGAUGGCUCUGGGCACAUUACUGGAAAUUAUGCUUCACAUCGAAGUCUUUCUGGUUGUCCACGAGCAAAAAAAAGUGGAAUCAGGAUAGUACAAAGCAAAGAAGACAAGGAAGAUCAAGAACCGAUCAGAUGUCCAGUUCCUGGUUGUGAUGGUCAGGGUCAUAUAACCGGGAAGUAUGCAUCUCACCGUAGUGCAUCAGGGUGCCCCCUAGCUACAAAAAGGCAAAAGGAUGGGUACAUGAAUGGCUCCCAGUUUUCUUGGAAGUCAGUGAAGACGGAAGGUAUGUCAUGUCCGACUCCAGGAUGUGAUGGCUCAGGACAUGUCAGUGGUAGUUUUCUUACACACCGGAGUCUAUCAGGAUGCCCCAGAGCUACAUCAGCAAUGAAGAGAGCAAAGCUGUCUGGAGAACAAAUGCUCACAAUAAAGCAGCGGGCUAGCAAUGGUAUAGAAAAUGAUGAAGAAAUUAAACAGUUAGAUGAAGAAAUAAAGGAACUAAAUGAAUCCAACUCCCAGAUGGAAGCAGAUAUGAUUAAACUCCGAACUCAGAUUACCACAAUGGAGAGCAACCUGAAGACGAUAGAAGAGGAAAACAAAGUAAUUGAACAACAAAAUGAGUCUCUUCUUCAUGAAUUGGCCAAUUUAAGCCAGUCUUUAAUUCAUAGUCUAGCUAAUAUCCAGCUACCGCAUAUGGAACCAAUCAAUGAACAAAAUUUUGAUGCUUACGUGACCACUUUGACGGACAUGUAUACAAAUCAAGAUCGUUAUCAGAGUCCAGAAAAUAAAGCCCUACUGGAAAAUAUAAAGCAGGCUGUGAGAGGAAUUCAGGUGUGAACAGCUGCUGUAGUGGUGAAAAUCUUACCUUAAAAAAAAAAAGGAUGCCUCUUGUUUUUUGCUGCUGUAAUUUACCAGAAAGUGUUAUAUAUUUCUUUCUGUUGGAAACAGUGUUAUGCUUACAAGACUUCAUAAUGAUUUUAUGUCUUGCUUUAAAGAUAGUAACUGCAGAAUAGUUUUUUGAAUACAUUCACAUUUUGUACGUUUUCAUAUAAGCUGACAUAGUGUGAUAUGCCAUGUAAUGUUUAUAGCUGCUAAUGUAUGCACAUUUUUGGGGUAAAUAUAUUUCUGAAGAGGUAAGCUGAUCAAAAUAAAUAGAGUGUAAAUUCUUUUUAAUGCUUUAGUGAUUAAAUGUUUUAGUAUUUUGAACUGAAAUGGUUAAAAAAACCCGCUUUGAAUGACAAUGUUGCAGUUUGCGGCCACUUUUUAGACACUCUCAUUUUGCCUCAUGCUGGAGGAUUUUAUGGGAUUUGAGAAAUACAUUUUGUGUGCAUAUGGUUUCAUAGCAAGAAUUGGUUGCAAAAAUGCUUUAUUUUUUAACAAUGCUUGAAAAUAUUGUGUAAUUUUUGUUUUCAGAGAAUGGUGUGUGGUGGGGGCAAUAAAAAGAGGUUUUUUUGGAAUUCCAAGCAAAUGGCAUGAAUUAGAUGUGAGAUGUAAAAGGAGUAAUUUAUUGUAAGACAACAUCAAGCCAUGGAAACUUGACAGAAGAUUCAAAGCAGCUUAAACAGCACUUUUUAAUUCACUUGUAAGCAUUACAUGGUAUGAAUAUGGGAACUUCCAUAAUGACAGGAGCUCUAUCAGAGGUGGACAACGUGAAGAUUUCACCUUUUCUUUUCAAAUAUACUUUGGAGUCAACAUCCUCUUAUCUCUCCAGGACUCUUAAAAGUGUCCCUCUGAGUUAUCUGUUACAGCAAUGUAUUUCAUCUUUUCAGAAGUUCAGUCUUUCCUUCUUAGGAUGAAAGGCAAUAGUUUAAAACAAAUGUUGCCUUUAAAAAAAAAGUUUUUAAUUUGGAAAUGAAUUCAAAACAUUUUGUCUUUACAGCAGUUAAUACUGACCUGGAUUCAUUGCUACUUUGAGUAGGAAAUUGAAUGCAGUUCAGUUAAUUUAAUUGAUCUUUUAAUGUUCCCUUUUUUACUAGGUUCUGCUUUUUUGUUGGUGUACAAUCGUUAUUACUCUGGCAUUUCCAUAUGCUAUCUAUUUGUUCUACUGUUAUCUAUUGCAAAAAAUGAAUGCAAUCAAAAAUUUAUGUAACUAAAUAUACUUUAGCACUUUUUUGCUUUAAAUUGCAUCAUUUCAAGCGAAAAACAUAUUGUACUUUUCAGAUUUGAUUGUUAUUUCUUCAAAAUAACUGCACUAUAUGUAUGCAUAAGACCACUUUUUCUUGCAACGUUUUUGUUCUCCAUUGAAAGUAGUAAUUCAGAUGGUGUGUUGUGUUUGUCAGAUGUUGAAUUAUUUUCAAUUUGAUAGCAUAUCUUUUCCUUCCAUGUCUUGAUGUUAUGCAGAAAGUACAAAAGUACUUAAAAAAAUUUUGUUAUGAAAAAAAUGGGUUUUGUAAAAAAAAUAAUAAUAAUAAAAUAAAAUAUUUUUAGCAGAACAGGACUUACAGGGUCAUUGUCCCCACAAUGUGCCAGUUGACUAUUUGCACUUACCUUGCCCUAUAUAUCCAUACGGAGGUGUGCAAUUUCUUGUGUCAUUAGCUUUGUGACACUAAAUUUGAACAAAUUAGAGUGGAAGCCAUUAUGGCUAAUCCAAUAAUAUUGCUAAGGGGAGACUACAGGGAUCUCACAACAAAUAUUCUGAUACAAUACUCAACCUCGGUAUAUAUAUAUGUAUAAAUAUAUGUAUAUCCCAGCGGCACUUUAUACUAUUCACUGUACAAAAAGCUUACAGUUUUCCACGAGGACUUUAAUAACUAGCUGGGAGAAAAUUAUGUAAUUACUUUGGGGCUCUGCAGUAUCUUCUCUGUAUGGUGCCCUCCUUUCUGUUGUGCUAUUAGUUGUAGCUGCCAUGCUCAGAAUUGCCUUUUUGAGAGCUGAAGCAAGGUGCUUGUUGUUCACCUUCUGCCAUAUAUAUUGUACUUUUUGCCCUAGCCUCCUUUUAGGGCUCUCAUUGUUCAUAAUGACAUAUGCAUUUUUCCACUGCAUUGUGUCUGCAGCUUCUUUGCCAAUAUAGUAACGCUUUCUGUAGAGUAAUAGAUAGUAUCAGUUUUGGAUUCUUAUUGUUAUCACCUAUGUACAAUGGAAAAGGGAUUUUAAGCACAAAUCCGCACUGCUCAUCUAAUGUUGGUACAUAAUAUCAAAUCAAAAGUUAUCUGUGACUAUUAUAUAGGGAUCACAAAAGUGUCACAUAUUAGAAUGCUGACCUUUCAUCUAAAAUUAUUGUGAGUCAGAGUUUAUUUAUUCUAACUUAUUGUUCAUAUUCAUUUCUAAGUUUAAUUUAAGUGAUCAUUUAUUAAGACAGAAUUUUGUAUAAACUACUUAUUGUGCUCUCUGUGGAACUGAGGUUUGAUUUAUUUUUGUACUACACGGCAUGGGUUUGUUGACAUUUUAAUUUUGCUAUAAAUGUGUGAAAUCACAAGUUGCUGUGAUAACUUCAUUUUUAAAUUGUGAAAUUUGUACAAAUUUUGUCAUGCUGGAUGUGAACACAUCUUACUCUAAAUAAAUAAAUAAAUAAAACUGUGUUGCCA